CCGGAAGCGGGCGCGGCUGGUGGGGGCCGAGGCGGGCGCCAUGGAGGCCGGGGCGGCCGAGCUCUACGACCAGGCGCUGCUGGGCAUCCUGCAGCACGUGGGCAACGUCCAGGACUUCCUGCGGGUGCUCUUCGGCUUCCUCUACCGCAAGACCGACUUCUACCGCCUGCUGCGCCACCCGGACGACCGCAUGGGCUUCCCGCCCGGGGCGGCCCAGGCCAUGGUGCUGCAGGUGUUCAAGAACUUUGAGCACGUGGCUCGGCAGGAUGACGAGAGGAGGAGGAAGAAGGACCUGGAGGGCAAGAUGAGGAGGAAGGAAGAAGAGGCGGCAGCGGCGGCCGAGAAGGCGCCCGUCCCCCUGCCCGCUCAGGAGGUGGAGGUUGAUUCGACGGCGGCUGGCGAGCCCCAGGAGUCUGGCACGGCCCAGGAGCCCGGCGAGCCCCAGAAGGCCGGGGAGCCCCAGAAGGCCGGGGAGCCCCAGGAGCCCGGUGCGGCCCAGGAGUCCGGCGUGGCGGUUCCCGGACCCGCGGAGGCCGAGCCCUCUGGGGCCGCCGCCGCCGCCCCCGCCGCGGCCCCGACCGCUCCCAGGAGGCAGGAGCAGUUCCAGGCCAGCUCCGACAGCUAUAAUGGGGCCGUGCGCGACAACUACAGCUGGUCGCAGGACUACAGCGAUCUGGAGGUCAAAGUACCUGUGCCCCCGCACAUCCGCAAAGGGAAACAGGUCUCCGUGGAUCUGACCAGCAGCACCAUCCGUGUGGCCGUGCUGGAGGGCGGCGCGGAGCGCGUGCUCAUGGAGGGCAAGUUCACCCACAAAGUCAACACGGAGAGUUGUCUCUGGAGCCUGGAGCCGGGCAAGUGUGUUCUGGUGAACCUGAAUAAGGUGGGCGAGUACUGGUGGAGUGCCAUCCUGGAGGGGGAGGAACAGAUCGACAUCGAUAAGAUCAACAAGGAGCGCUCCAUGGCCACGGUGGAUGAGGAGGAGCACGCCGUCCUGGACAGGCUGACCUUCGAUUAUCACCAGAAGCUGCAGGGGAAGCCCCAGAGCCACGAGCUGAAGGUCCACGAGAUGCUGAAGAAGGGCUGGGACGCCGAGGGCUCUCCAUUCCGAGGCCAGAAAUUCGACCCGUCCAUGUUUAACAUCUCCCCGGGGGCCGUCCAGUUCUGAUGGCCAGGAGGCGGGAGGGAGGGGAGACACACAGAGGGAGGGGGGAGGGGAAUGGGGAGACAGAGAAAGAGAGAGAGAGCACCGAUAGGUAUGUGGAGCCGGUGGCACCCCUACCCUUCCCCAAACAGCAAGGGGGAGCAGGGAGGGGCCCGGGGGAGGGGGCGUGGCUCCGACCUAGGCCGGACCAGGGUUGGACAUGUUGACCGGGCAGGAGGGCUGCGUCUCAGCCAGCCCAGGAUCACAUGCGCCGUCACCACGGCAACCGGCCGCGGCAGGCGGGCGGGCAAGCAGGCAGGCGGACAGGCGCUCCCGUUCUCUCUCUCUCAUUCUCUCUCGCUCCCCCCCCCCCCCGCCAACCUUCCAUCCCCGCUUUCCCCGCUUGCCUGGUUUUGACACGCUGCUCGGCUCGGGUCUCUGCAGGUGGGCGGGGGCGAGGGGGCGUUCUGUGCUGGGGUUGUGGAAUGGAUGCAGCUGCAAGCUGCAGGCUGUGGCAGGGUGAUGCGGCGGGGUCACGGGAGGGGCGCCGGGUGGGUGGUGGGUCUCUGCCUGUCCUGGUGGCUUGUGCCCCGAGACUGCCCCAGCCUCUGUCGGUCUGGGGCUCUAGAGCCCCGGGCCCCUGCCGCCGGCCCCCAAGGCCUCCUUGGCCUUCCCCCUCCCCGGCCGCUGUCCUCUCUACAGCUGGACGCUCCCCCCGACCCCUCCCGCUUCCCCCUGACUCGCGGGGAUGAGACUGGCCAGCGGUGCUCGCUCUCCGUGGGCAGCUCCCAUCCGGCCUUCCCCUCCUGGUGCCCCUCUCCCCACGGUUUUGGCAUCAUGUACUCCCAGUCCCCGAUGGGUGCGGGGAGGAGAAGGUGGGAGACCUCCCAUCUCAGCAUGAGUCUUGGGAGGGGUCUCCAAGCAGGGCCAGCCCCCCAGCGGGGAGAUGUGGGCCCGGGCCGGAGCCCCGGGCCCGGCUGGUGCUGCUGAUCUGGAAGAGCUGUGGCCCUGGCUCUCUGUGUGUGUGUGCGUGUGUGCAUGUAUGCAUGCCUGGAGGUGGGGGUGCCGGCCUCACCGCGCCAUGGAGACCGAAGCUUCCACGGUGCCGUCUCCUCUGCCGUGUGCUCUGUCCGCUCCCGGCCCCGCUCCCGUCCAUCCAUCCGUCCCUCUCCCGAGUGGCCGUCGCUCUCGGUGCUGCCCCUGGGGGAUUGGGGGCGCCUCGAUGCCCUGGGCCAGCGUGGGCUGGCCGUGGCCAAUGUGGAGGCAGAGGGCUGGCCUGUUGGCCACUUCCCAGAAUCUCCGGGGCCCUGUUCCAUAGCAACAUAGGGGCCACCAGUGGUUCCCGGUUCCAGGUAAGCCACAGUACGCCUGGCUCUGGCCUGUGCUGGGCAACCCACCCUUGAGGUCUGAGCCUUGCUGAUGCCCAUAAUCUCCACCUGGCACCCCCCUCCCUCCUCGGCCUCCGCCCGAAGACUGACAGGUCGGGGCCACCCAGACUGAACACCUGGAGGCUCUCCCCAGCCUCUGGCGUGCCAGCGCGAGGGUUGGCUUUUUCCCAAGCCGCUACCCAUCGAGAGGCUCCCUGGCUCAGCCUCCAGAGCUUGGGGGCCGCCAGGAGGGUACACGGAAUCUGAGUGAGAACAGCAGGCCAGGCAGGGGCACGCUGAAACUCUCUGCUUGGGUCUCCAGGGAGCAGGGCUGGAGGUCGUAUGCCCCUCACUCCCCACUUCUUCCCAGGCCCAACCGGUGCCUGUUCCCUAAAGUUCUUCUCUCCCCCACUGUCUGACCCAGCUCCAAGGGAAAGUGACAUUUCUCCCCUGCACUUUUAGGUGGAGUUGUGAGCUUCCUAGCGGGAAGGGCCAGGUCAGUCACCCUGUCUUAUCCGGUCCUUAGCCAUCCACGUGUUCUCCAGGGGGAAGAAGGGGUUUCCGAUAGCCCUGGGUGAUUUUUUCAGACGAUCGCCCUCCGUGGUAAACACCUCUCACCGGGGGCCACGGGCUCACCCACUUCAUCAACAGCAGGUAGCAGGGGUCCAGUGAUGCACUUGGCUACCUGGAAUUUUUUUUUUCCAUGCGGAUUUCUUUCUCUGUUUAUGAAUCCCUUCCCCAACAUUGCUACCCUUCCCACCUCUCAGAUUUCAGGUCUAGAGUUGGUGUUGCUGGUUCUAGACUGCAGCCCCCAACCCCACAGGAGGGACUGGGGGCAGACCUGGGGCUGGAGCCAGAGAGAACUGCCCUUCCCCGCCCCUCACCCCACCCCCCACCCCCACCACGGGGUUUCUGUGUGUGCACCAGGUUUGCAAUAAAUCAGUAUUUAAGCA